CUUUGCCCAAUCUCAAAGAGGGGGCCGCCUCCUCAUAUUCAAGGGUUACUCGUAUAGCCUACAGAAGUUCAACAACAACAUCGGCCAAUGGCGAUGCACCAUGGUCCAGCCCGGCACGGCGAAGAGGUGUACUGCCAAGCUGUUCACAGGAGAGGACUUCCAGGCGAAUUCCUCUGGACCAAAAGGGGCGGCAAGCAUCCCCUCCUCCUCUUCUCCGGGUAUACCUACAGCUACCAGAAGGAGAACGCCCUGGGCCGGAUUUCUUGGUACUGUUCGAGGAGGCUGAAGGGCUGCAGAGCGUCGGCCGUUAGCUACGGAACCCGCGUGUUCGCCUACAAGCCUCAUGAUCAUCCACCGCCGAGGAUAACUAUGGGGUCCACAGAGACCCAGCAAGAAUCUGAUCCUCAUAUAUUUGCUGUUUACACAAAAUCUGAGGCUAAACAAUGAAAUCAUGUCUUCUAUCAGGCUUUUCAUUGGUAACAGUUAAAAUACUAGGCAAUAUUUAUUAUUAAAUACCGCUAGAAAAUUAUGUAGAUACCACGGUCCUAAAAAAAAUAGGCCAGGGUUAUAUAUUAUUUGGUAAGUAGAUUCUAAUUCUUUCCCAAAUGUUCAUUUUCCUCACGAUCCCCUUAGAACAAUGUGGUUGUUAGAAAACGAGGAUAAUUUAUUUAAAUAUUUACAAAUAUGUUACUAGACAAAUGCAAUUGUAAGCAAUAUUAUAUGUAGCUAUUGAAUAUUAUAAAGCUUUUGAUAUUUAAAAUUCUUUCAAAUAACAAAUAUUAGUAUAGCGUAACUGAAUCAUAUUUUACAUGUUAUGCGUUUGAUAACUGAUAUACUUUUAGUUAUUUCUAUGUGCAAUACCUAUUUUUGUUACUGUACUAUUUACGUAUUUAUUUUAUGUUAUUUUUCCUAUAGAACAUUAUAAAAUUAUUUUGUAUGAAUCAUGUAACAUAAGACUUUAAAGUAAAAACACAUGAAAAUAGCUUUUGAUUUAUAACAACAGCGAUUAAUAAAUACAAAACAGUAAAAUAUCAACUUGAAGAAAUUACGUAAGCCAUGACAAUUUGUAUCUUUUACAAUAGUAUGUUUAUUUAUUCAAUGAAAUUUAGAUCAUAGUAAUUUAACGUUAGCUUUGUAACUUUCUAAGUUUCAUUCUAUAUCGUUAAAUUAAUUGACAAACCUACCUCUAGGGUUCUUAAUAUCCACACUGUGUUAGUACUGUUAGUAUUAGUAGUUCCUAUAAAAUAAGCAUUUAUUUUAUGAAUAGUUCCUAGUUCAUUUUACGGUUUUUAUGUACGACAAUAUUUGUACGAUGCCUACAUUGCCUAUUAUAUUAUUAAGGAAAAA